GAUGGCGCUGGGUCGUUGUGGUUCCCUCGUGUUUCUGGGCAACGGCGGCUCCCGCAUCGCGGGCUUCAGUCUCGGGGAGAGCGGGGAGCCCUUUAUAUUUGACUGUCCCAAAGAAACCCGAAGUCAGGCUGGGCCACCUGAUGAGGAGAGAAAUGGAGUUGUGGCUUUUGCCUUUUCUCCCUCUGGGACCUACGUUGCUGUAUCUAUGGAUAGUAAACAGUUGCUGCUGUUUCGUGCCAGACCGUGGGAGUGUCUCAGUGUCCGCACAGCACUACGUCGAUCCACAUCACUGGCCAUCACAGGAGCAGAGGACCGCAUCCUACUUGCUGAUAAAUCAGGCGAUGUGUACAGUUUCUCCAUCAACCAUCCCGAUAGUCCAGGGCAACUCCAGCUCGGACACCUUUCCAUGCUGCUGGCUGUGGCAGUCAGUCCAGAUGAUCGAUAUAUAAUUACAGCUGAUCGUGAUGAGAAGAUUCGAGUUAGUUCCCUGAAGCAGCCGUACAUCGUUGAAGCAUACUGUCUGGGACAUCACGAGUUUGUUAGUCAGCUUUCCAUUCCUCCAAACCAUCCACAGCUUCUGGUGUCUGGCUCAGGGGAUGGGACUAUUCGACUGUGGCAGUAUGAAAAAGGAAGUGAGCUGCACUGCCUCAAUUUGAGUGAGCUACAGUCGUCUAGAUGUGAGGAGAACAGAUGUGCUGUGGUGCGACUCGCCUACUGCAGAGGGAAGGAUUUGUUUGCAGUUGUGUGUGACAGUCCGUCCUCAGUGUAUGUUCUGGAGUUGGAUGUGGAAGCUGAGAGACUCCUUCACCAGCAGACCAUCACAGUGAAACAGCGAGCCUGGGAUGUGACCUUCGAUGACUGUGGUGGACUCUGGCUUCUGGAUGGUGACAGAGCUGUCCUAUACCAACAACAUGAAGGGCUGUGGCAGGAAAUUCCAGAUCAUCCAGGCCAAACAAAGAUCAACGAGGUUAUUCAUUCCAACUGGCCAGUAUUCGAGGGCUUGCCGUCUGUAAUUAGCUGCAGGAAUUUGUACAAAAUGAACAUCGAUAACAUGGCUGAAUAUCGGAUGAAGAAAGAGCAGAGAAUUGAUCAGAGACAGAAAAAAAGGACAUCAGAGUUUGCGGCUGAGAGCCGAGACAGCAAAAGACCCAGAAUGGGAGCAGUUACGAUGUGAUGCUGCAUAUUGUGACUCUGCGCUGCAUCGUUUGGUUUGGUGAACGUCAGCCAUUCAUCAGUGGAAUAGGAAUGCACAGAACCGCUGGUGGGGGAGCCGCUGGUGGGGGAGC